UUCAAUUCCUCUGCAAAAGCCAAAGCUUAGAAGGAAGGAACCCGGGAAAACAAAACGGGCCAAUUACGGAUUUUCCCUCCACUACUUCCAACCUUGCUUGCUACCCAUCUCCACAACUUCCAAAAGCUUCUCUCACUGCCGGACGAAACGGGGUUUUUCUCCGGUCACCGGCUGAAAAAAUGGGUGCAUCGUCGCAACACGAUACGAACUUGAAGAAAAUUAUCUCAUACAUCGAUGGCUUAACUCUGCUCAUCAACCAUGUCGCCCAAAUUGACCUAGCCAACUUAUGCAGUCUCUGCUUUUCCAUCUCCAGAAGUAUUGACUAUGCAAUUGCAAACAAUGCUGUUCCAUCUAAAGCUCACAGUUUACCCAGUCUCGUUAAACAGUUAUGUCAGCUGAAACAUUCUCAUCGCUCAAAAGCAGCACUCAUGGUGCUCAUGCUAACCAUCAAGAAUGCUUGCAAGGUGAGAUGGUUUUCAGAAAAGGAUGCAGAGGAACUCCAACGUCUAGCUAAUGAGAUUGGUAACGAUUUCUUUGGAGAUACGAAUAUUGGACAGGCCAAUUCCCUUACCACGAUUACUACAGUUAUGGAAAGAUAUUUUCCUUGCUUGAAGCUGGGUCAGAUUGUCGCAUCUUUAGAAGUGAAGCCUGGAUAUGGAGUGUAUGCUCUUGAUUUCAAUAUUUCAAGAACAGUUCAAUAUGCAUCGCAGGAGAAAUUACGACUGUUUGUGAUUCAAAAAGAUAAUACUGAGACGUCUGCAUGCAUUAUCAGUCCUCCACAAGUUAACUUCCUUGUCAAUGGGAGGGGAAUCAACGGAAGGAUAAAUACACACAUGGAUACUGGACCCCAACUUCCAACAAAUAUAACUCAUAUGCUUAAAUUAGGAUCAAAUCUUCUCCAAGCAGUUGGUAGCUUCAAUGGUCAUUAUGUUCUAGCAAUUGCCAUCACUGGUACCGCGCCAUCGCCUGACUCCUCUGUUCUACAUGAUCACAUACAGCCAAUUGUUUCCACUUUGGAUUCAGAUUCUGACAUAAUCGAGGGUCCAUCACGAAUAUCCCUUAAUUGCCCCAUAAGUUACACCCGAAUCAAGAUUCCUGUGAAAGGUUGUUCUUGUAAACAUCUUCAGUGCUUUGAUUUUGACAACUUUAUUGACAUAAAUUCAAGAAGACCAUCCUGGCGAUGCCCACAUUGUAAUCAGUACAUUUGCUUUUUGGAUAUUCGUGUUGAUCGGAAUAUGUUGAAGGUCAUUAGAGAAGUGGCCGAGAACGUUACUGAAGUGAUUAUCUCAGUAGAUGGAUCAUGGAAGGCCAUCCUUGAAAAUGAUAAUGGGGAUGGCCGGUCAUUGAAUGAUUCUCUUAACCAUCAGAAUGAAAGAGCACAAGAAGAGUCUGCUGCCUCUCCUGAUGUGUUAGAUCAUACUGAGGUUGGUGAUGAUAUGGACAUCUUCAAUUCAGAGAUUGAAGACAGGAAACCUUGUCUUGGUAAUAAAAACCAACGGGUUUCUUCAAGUUUAGAUAUGUCAUCUGGAAUGAACAUGAAUAGCUUCAGUCAAAAUCUUUCUGCUGUCAUGGAUGAUGACAUUUGGUCUAGAAUCGAUGGGGUUUUGAUCUCAACUGCUGGGCUAGAUGCUCCAAUGGUUAAUAGCACUUAUCCACCGGGUUUCACUGGUACUAUGCAAUCUGCUGUCUUGACUGAUGCUGUCCAACCUGUUCUUAAUCAUGGUGUGGGUGUUUCAGGGCAUGCCAACUUUCCAUCUCCUGCAUUCUACAAUCAAAAUAAUGUGCAGAUUCAAGUUUCAAAUUCAAAUGAAAAUAAUCAGUAUGGGAGGGUUACAUCAAUAUCAAGACCUGUAAGCAGGACGCCAGUUGCAGUUCAAGCCCUUCCAGCUCAGUCCCAUGCAGCAGGCCAGCAGUAUAGUUCAAGAACUCCAAUCAUUUCCUCUCCUCAAGUUGGACAAAGCAUUCCGAUUAACAGAGAUGGUUUAAAUGCAUUAUCUCGUGAUUUGGAAAGGAGACAACAAUUUUCGAGACAUCAUGGUGAUUCACAUCAUUCAACAAAUCUAGCUUCAUUUCACCACCCACAAACCGUGCAGAACCGGGAUCCUCAAGAUCGUUCCUUCACUACUGGUCAGUCUAUUCAAACAUCGAGUGGUGCAAGGCCAUCCCCAGGGUUAUUAGCGGAUUUUCAGAAUCCUCACCUUCAGCAAGCUCUCAAUAUGAGGAUGCCCCACCUCCAGAAUCAAAAUUCGAGCAGUGUCCGGACAUCUUUGUCAUUCUCAAGGCCUAUGAGUCAAGUAGGAGGUGGAUAUGGGGGAUCUACUUAUACAACAGUAACACCUAAUAGUCAACAUGCAAGAAUGCUGGCUGCUUCCCAGCGAGUUGAGAUGAUGAGACAAUCUCCACCCAUGUCAUUACAUAAUCAAACUUCCAGAUCCGCCCAUUCUCUGCAAACUACUCCUGAUGGACUUAGGAGACCAUCUGGAGACCUGAGAAAUGUUGGAGUGUCUCAAUCUGUUACCAUGGCUGCGGGUUCAGUAGAUCUGUCAGCAGAACAGAACUGGCAGCCUGCAGGACGAAUGCGUGGCAGUCUUUCCGGUCGAGUUUAUUCGGAUGCUUAUGGUGUAAUUAUUCAGCCAACUCAAGCUGCACAGUCUGCUCGACCACCAUCUAAUUUGACACCCACUCAACCCAUUGCACCAUCCACGCAAGCUCAAUGGUCCAGUGGAUUGGAUUCACACGUUUCAAGAACAUAAUAUUACACAUUGAAGAAUUUCUUGCUCCUACACGUAUAGACCGGAUGUACAGGUGCUCCUCCUUUUCCCAUGGCUCCAAAUUUUGUCCACUUCAGGUCAGUGUUAUAGAGUUUUCCUUGUAAUUAGCUAGCAGCCACCAUUUUUUUAUACAAUCUGUCCUGUGUGGUGAGCUUUGUAAUUGGAUUUAUUGCAAACAACCUGUGGCUCGGAAUCCAUGAAAGAAAAGGGAUCAUGGAGACUGCGCAUGAAUAGUUGCACAAAAAGAAAUGUAGAACUUUAGUCUAAUCAGGUGUAGUUGAAAUUCUAGUCCCACUACCUUGGAAGCAGCUGGUAAUCUAUGUUCUUCUUUCCCUUUUAUAAUAUCUAUCAGACCCCUAUUCUUUUUGUUUCCCA